AUGAGGCUCACGGCCGAAUUGAUUCGGGACUCGCUGUCCUAUCUGAAUCCCCUAAAGGAAAGAGAGCUUGAUCUCCGAGAAAAGAAGAAACCACUGCUAACCCGUUCUUUGCUAUCUAUCGUACAGCCCCACGAUGCCAUCGAUUUCACCGACAACGACAUCCAAGUGCUGGGCAACUUCCCCCUCUCGCCGCGCAUAACGACACUGCUGCUGGCUCGUAACCGCGUCGCAAACAUCCAGACCACGGCGGCGGCGGCGGUGCCGAAUCUGAGGAACCUGGUGCUGGCGUCCAACAGCCUGGCUGAGCUGGCGGACGUGGAUACGCUGGGGACGUUUACGCGGCUGACGCACUUGGUGUUGGCGGAUAACCCUGUUACGAAGAAGGAGCAUUAUCGUUACUGGGUCAUUUGGAGGUGUCCCUCUGUUCGAUUCCUGGACUACGAAAAGGUCAAGCAGGCGGAACGAGAUAAGAGUCAAGAGCUGUUCGGUACAGCGGAAGAGCCUACAGCUUUGGCAACAUCGAUCAUGGGCAAAAAGUCAAAGACGUUCGAAGUCACAUCCAACGGCUCGUCAGCCGCGCCGUCGAAGCUCUCGCGAAUAAAGUUGACGGACGAGGAGAAGCAGAGGCUGCAAGAGAAGAUCAAGAAGGCGACGAGCCUGCAGGAAAUUAUUGCUCUGGAGAAGGAGUUGAACGAAGGGCGAUUACCGUCUGGCAUUUACGGCGAUGCUAUGGAGGAGUGA